UGGUCAUACUCGACUCGCACUCCCUAAAAUUUGCUGCUAUUCCUUUAAGGAUCUUCGGCAUUUUUCGGAAUUACUCGGUACUACGCGGUCGUCGACGAGCCCUUUCACUGCGUCUCCAUCGCCGAGCGGACUACCCCACAGCUCCCAUCUGACACAGAGCACAGACUGACGGAUCUGUGACCGCUCAGUACCGGCGUGUGAAGCUCCAGCUCUGCACAAAUGCAAGCGAUCAAAUGCGUGGUGGUGGGCGAUGGAGCUGUGGGUAAGACCUGUCUGCUCAUCAGCUACACCACCAAUGCCUUCCCCGGAGAGUACAUCCCCACAGUCUUUGACAACUACUCUGCCAAUGUUAUGGUGGAUGGGAAACCGGUAAAUCUGGGCCUUUGGGACACAGCUGGACAGGAGGACUAUGACAGGCUGAGACCUUUGUCCUAUCCCCAGACGGAUGUGUUCUUGAUAUGCUUCUCCCUGGUCAGCCCGGCCUCCUUUGAGAACGUCCGUGCUAAGUGGUAUCCUGAAGUGCGGCACCACUGUCCCAACACCCCCAUCAUCCUCGUGGGCACCAAGCUGGACCUGAGGGACGACAAGGACACCAUUGAGCGUCUGCGGGACAAGAAGCUCUCACCUAUCACCUACCCCCAGGGCCUGGCCAUGGCUCGUGAAAUAGGAGCAGUGAAGUACCUGGAGUGCUCUGCCCUGACCCAGAGAGGCCUGAAGACCGUGUUCGACGAGGCCAUCCGAGCUGUGCUCUGCCCUCCACCCGUCAAGAAGAGGGGCAAGAGGUGCACUCUUUUUUAGACUCCGCCCCAUCACCUAGAUGCCACCGCUGGUGCUCUGAGAAUAAUGAAAAGUGAGUGAGAGUGCACUGCUCAGACUGCUUUCUUUAUAUCAGUGUUUUUCCAAAUGAUAUUAGCUACAAGACCAUUAUUAUAGAGUCCAAUUUUUUACCAUGGCAAUAUGAAUAUGUCCAUAGAUUCUGUUUGAAAGACUGUCUACAUGCUAGGUACUGUAGAACAUGAGUGUGGCAUGAGGGCUACAAGGGUUUUCCUACAACAUACAGCUCUGAACCAGUGUGUGGGACACGGUGAGGUCACAAAGCAUGCUGUAAACACUGGCAUGAACACUCAGAGGCGUGUGCUUUUCCCACAGCGAGCUUUGUCUUCUCUGCACUCAUAAGUGUGGUUUAUCUUAGAGCAGUACCCUUCAUUUCAGUCUGACUGCAGCAGAAAGGGUCACCUCCUUCCAGAGCAACGUCGGGUGUGUUUAAUGCCUGUAGGUCAGUCUGGAGGUUUAUAGUGAUUUUGUAUCUGCUAUUCUAGGUUACUGCUUCUGUUAUUGGUCAAUGUAAGACUUGACUUCAAUUGGGUUGUUACAUAUUCUAAAUUCAUACAUGCAUCUCUGACAGUAAUCUAUUGACUUGAUUGAAGCAAGCAGUUGAGGCCAUCAGAUGCACUGAGGCUGUUGAUACUGUGAAGGUACAAAGGAAGGCAGACUGAACUGGAGUGUACAAGUAUCUCCACAUUCACUCUCUCCUGUCUGGAAUGAAGUAUUAGUAAAAGACCAUGAGUAUUUCUGGCGGCCUUUGUGGUCAAUGUCAUACGAAGCCUUGUUUUAUCGUGGCCUUGAGUCAGAAGUAUAGGUGAGAGCUUACAGUGCUGUAUGUGUCAAAUAAAUAUUGUUUGCAAUGUACCACAAGGUAUAGUGGAGAUGCGGUACUUAGAGAGUUGCUAAUAUUUAAUAUGAUAGAAAGAUUAGAUUCUGUGCCAUGUUCAUAAGUACUUUCCACAUGUGUAGUGUACACUGUAUAAAAUUUCUGUCAAACACAUUGCCAUCCUCUCCUUCUCCUGCUUCUGUUUAAAUUUAGAUUUAUUCAAAAAGUUCAGGCAAACCACACUUAACUGACCCAUGUUGGGGCCAAAAAGGAAGAAUGCAGUAAGAUAUGCUACAAUUAUUUCUCAUAAAUGUGGCUUAUUUCUUGUUUUUUUUUUUUUUUUGUAGUUGACACUGUUAUAAGCAGAAUAUUUUUGUGUUUUUGUUUUGAUUUUUGUCCAGAUUUGCCUAGCUCAUACAUCUGUUUAGCAUUUUGUGGUUGCCCUCACAUUACAACAAAUCUAGACCAGCCAGAAAUAACAUUUACUAAAUUAUAAACUAAAAUAACAAAUUUAAAGGAGUAAUUGAUCACUUAGCUGCAGAUGAUUUAGUAGUCUUUAAAUAGCAGUAUCCUUAAUGAUGAUCUUUUGAAACUGCUGGUUAAGGAUUGGAGAGCAGCGAAAAGGGGUCAGUGGUUAUUAAUAAAUGAGUACACUCUAUAGACUUUUUCUAGACAAGUGACUCUAAUGUUGUCCCUGCAAUGAAGUGGUGAAGAGGCAGGGUUAAAACAAGGCUAUGAUGUAAUACACUAUGAAUCAGAUGAAUAUAUUUUGUCGAACACAACCCCUUAAAGCAAUGACUUCAUUCUUUAGUGCAUGUGAGUGUUCUGUUCGGGCCUAAUGUGAUUCCCUUUGCACUGAGUGUGUGCCAUAACCAAGAACUGUGCACAAGGGCCACGUACUUUCAGUGAUUUUAUUGUCACAUUUUGGUACCAUUCAAUUUUGUUUUCCAACAUGCUAAAUGCCACCCAGAGAGGAAGAGGUUAAGUUAUGUACAGUUAAAAAAUAAUGCAUCAUCUAUCUUGAUUCACACGUACCAGUGCAUUUAGAACUUAUGACUCUAUCUAUUGGAAUUGAAAUCUAUUUGAAUGAUAGGCUUUAGUGUCUCCUGAUGAACUGAGAAAGGAGCCAGUUUGUGCAAGUGGCCCUUAUCAAAUGCAUUUGUGGUUUUUGGCUGCAGUAAGCGCCCCCAUGUGGCAAGGCGCUGUUCAGCCCUCACUUUGUUUGGGUUGCAAACUUGCAUAGCACCAGUGUGGUAAACUGAUAUCUGUGGUCUUGCCUAGCUAUAAUUUAAAAUGUAGCUGAGAAACAGCAAAAAAUGUGAUUUUACUAUUGCAUGGAAAGUGUCUGGUAUUGAGCUGCUGUAACUCUUAGGAGUGGUACGAAAUGCAUUGGCCAUGUACUUAUGUAAUGUAAGAUGACUUGUUCAAACUGUUUGUCUUAUUUUUUAUGACUUAACGUCUGUGUGGUGACAUAUUUCAAUUUUGUAUACUAAAUGUAUGGAGAACGUG